ACAAUAGUUGUUUAAUUUGCGCUGAGCCGCGGACAUUCAACCUACUUCUAAGAAUAAACAUACAUUCAACCUACUUCUAAGUAUAAACAUUACUAUUUUUAAUAUUUACGUAUAUGAUAAAGUACAAGGUUAGAUAUAUCAGCACAAAAACUUAAAAAUUCAAUAAUUAAAAGAUAGAAGUUAUUUAAUUUGUUUUUGUACUAAAAAUGUCUUCUAUUAUUUUAUAUUACUCACCAAUAAGUCCGCCAUCUCGUUUUGUGGCUGCAACAGCAAAAUUAAUUAAAUUAAAUCUAAAUAUUAAAGUGAUUAAUUUAGUGAAACAAGAGCAUAAGCAAAGUGAAUAUUUAAAAAUCAAUCCACAACAUACGGUACCAACAUUGGAUGAUAAUGGAUUUAUUUUACAAGAGAGUCGUGCUAUAGCAACAUAUCUAGUUGAUAAAUAUUCAAAAGAUGAUGCAUUAUAUCCAAAAGAUAUUAAAAAACGUGCGCUCGUUAAUCAAAGAUUAUAUUUUGAUGCUACCAUAUUUAGUGUUGCAAUGCGGAAUAUUUAUAAACCAAUAUUGAAUGACGGUGUAAAAACUAUCAGUGAGCGAUGUAUUGCAGAUAUGAAUGAUAGCUUAAAUAUAUUAAAUCGAUUUCUAAGUGAGAGCAAGUAUAUAUGUGGUGAAAAUUUAACACUUGCUGAUUUAUCUUUGGUACCAGCAGUAUCAACAAUACAAGAAAUGGAAUUUAGUUUAACACCAUUCGAAAAUGUUAAAAAAUGGUUAGAACAAUGCUCACAACAGAUACCUGAUUAUUCGGAAAACGUAAAAGGUGCUAAAUCAUUCGCAAAAAUACUUAAAACACUCCAAUCCAAAUGAUUUUAACUAUCUAAACAUAUUUUUUCAAUUUGUAAUUUGCUUUUUUUGUAAGGAAAAAUAAAUGUAUUUUUUGUGUUG